ACCAUGGCAGGUCAACCCAAGGUCGAUGCAGACACUGCCGCACAACUUGAGGAAUUUCGCAAAGCGGUCGCCGCCGAAGCAGACAUAGUCAUCUUUCGCACAUUUCCGAACAAAGUACGCCAGCUACAACAACUGAUCGACUCCACGUCGUCUACAUCUUCUCCCUUCCAUCUCUCACAUGCGUCGUCAUCGACCGAUGCCACUGUUUAUCCACCUCCUGGAUCCGUCGACUCCUCUCAGGAGCCCGAUGCAAAGAAACGGAAGAGAGCUACUGAUGAUAAGGGCGUAGCCGUCUCUAACGCUAAUGGUACUCACCAUGCACGCUUCCCUAACCUCAUGUUGUCGAACAAGCACCUGGUACAAGUUCACGCGAAAGUCAAGGAAGAAUGCGAGCACCUCGCUGAACUCUGUGACAAGGUCAAACUUUGGAUCAACCUCACCAUGCCAAAGAUUGAAGAUGGUGAUAACUUUGGCGUGCAAAUCCAAGAAGAGGUUUUGAGUGAACUUCACCGUUCUCAAGAAAGCGCAUACAACCUUCGCGACGGUGCCCGACAAAGCCAUCUCAAUAGAGCUAAGAUUGCCUCAAAAAUCAUCAAGUACCCACAUAUCGAAGAUUAUGCUCUUGCUCUGAAGGAGCACGAUGAGAAACAGCUGUACGUUGCACGCCAAAAUCUUUUCGACUUACGAAACAUCUACGCCGUCAUCUCCGACAUCUUACACAAGAACAUUGCCAAGAUUCGUUCGCCCAAAGGCAACAACGGCGCCUCCCUCUACUAAGGCUUGCUGAGCAUAUCGCUACUUUUCCAAAUCCUAUCGCAUCCUCGAGCAUAGUGUAAGCCCGCGAGUAAUAGCAACACGACGUGUCCAAUAC